GGCUGUGAUGGGAAUACAGAUGGUGGUCACCUUAUUGGUGGCCAGUAUCAUGCAGAGAGUGUCCCCCCACUACUCCUUUGCACGAUGGAUUCUCUGUAAUGGAAGCUUGUUUCGUUUCAAACACCCAACUGAAGAUGAACUGCGAGCCCUUGCUGGGAAGCAGAAACCCAAAGCAAAGAGAGAAAGGAGAGUUAAUGGGAUGACUGAAGAGAAACCCCUGACAGUGCCAAGAGACAUAGAUCUGCACUUGGAUAUUCAACCAAUCACUACCGUUGAUGCCCUUGUCCUUCGCUAUUUCCUGGAGUAUCAGUGGUUUAUAGACUUUGCUUUGUAUUCAACCAUCAUCUAUUUAUUCACUGAGGGAUACUACUGCCUUGUGGAUGCCCAAAAUGAAGUUUAACAUAGGGGUUCUCUGGUGUCUGAUAACGGUCAUUUUCUGCAUUAAAGUCCUCAUGACCAUGAUGAAACAUUACUUCCGUUCUGAAGAAGGAGGAGAACGUUCCGUCUGUUUGACAUUUGCUUUCUUUUUUCUUCUCAUUGCCAUGAUCGUAAUGAUUGUGAGGGAAGAAUAUCUGGAGUUUGGACUGGAAUCAGGUUUGAACAGCGUCUGUCAGAAUCUGGAACUUCUAAUGAAGCAGCAAGGCUGGCAGGUGUCGACUCCUUUCAUUAAACUUGCCUUCAAAAUUGCCUUGGUGGCACUUUGCUCUUUUCUUGGUGCCUGUCUGACAUUCCCUGGCUUACGUUUGGCUCAGACCCACCUUGAUGCUCUUAAUAUGGCAGCAGAUAGACCAAUGCUUCAGAUUUUACUUCAUGCCAGCUUUCUGCCUCCCGUCUUUGCUGUGGUUUUUGUGGAUUCGGCCAAUCACUAGAGACUUCCUCUUAAAUGCGCCAAUGGGAAAAGAGUCUGUUCAGCUUAUGUCGGACUCCACUUACAACACUUUCCGCCUGUGGAUCAUCGUGGUUUUUUGCCUCCUCCGUCUCUCCUUGACCCGCUACCAUUUGCAGGCCUACCUGGGACUGGCUGAUCGUUGGGUGGAGCAGAUGAAGAGGGAAGCGGGGCGAAUAUCUAUGGUGGAGAUCCAACGUAAAAUUUCCCGUAUCUUCUGCUAUCUCACGGUUGUAGCUCUCCAGUAUUUGGCUCCUAUUAUUCUUACCCUUCACUGCAUUCUCUUACUGAAAACAAUGGGUGGUCAUUCCUGGGGACUAUACCCAGAGGAGCCUGGGUUUACACCUGUUGUAGAUUCCUCUCCUGCACCUUCCAUAGUAUCCUCUGAAGAAGAAGAAGACACAGAGGAUGUUCAAAUUGCUGUGGAGCACAUAAUAGGAGCUCUUAGUGCUUUUCGAGAUAUCUUCUCUUCCAUUUUCUUUCGUGGCCUCUUCAGUUUUUUGACCUGGUGGGUCUCUGUCUGCCAAAUUGUCACCAGCCUGUUUGGACUGUAUUUUCACCAGUACUUAGGAGCUUCUUCCUAA